UGGACGUUGGCUCUGCUGCUGUUGGCCUGGGAGGUGACGGCGCUGUCUCGCUGUUUGGCAGAGGGGAACUUCAAGCGUCUUCGGGUGUGGCUUCAAACGUGAUAAAUCUCAACGCGGGGUAAAGAAUGCGUACCAGCAAAACGGAUUAAAACACAAAAAACACACACAACCAGCAGCGAAGGAAAACAUCCCGUGAAGAAGAAGAAGAAGUGGUGAUAUUUUGCCACUAAAGCAGCAGACCUGAAGCGCGCACUGGGAACCAUGGGUUGUACGGUUAGUCAGGAAGACAAAGCCGCGGCCGAGAGGUCUAAAAUGAUUGAUAAAAACCUGCGAGAAGAUGGAGAGAAGGCGGCCAGAGAAGUGAAACUGCUGCUGCUGGGUGCUGGGGAGUCAGGGAAGAGCACCAUUGUGAAGCAGAUGAAGAUUAUUCAUGAGGAUGGAUACUCAGAAGAUGAGUGUAAGCAGUACAGAGCAGUUGUCUACAGCAACACAAUCCAGUCCAUUAUGGCCAUCAUCAAAGCUAUGGCCAACCUCAAGAUCGACUAUGAGGAAGCUGCGAGAGCGGAUGAUGCCCGCCAACUGUUUGCACUGUCAGCAGCAGCAGAAGAGCAGGGCAUCCUGCCAGAGGACCUGUCCAACGUCAUCCAGCGACUGUGGGCCGACGGUGGCGUCCAGAGCUGCUUCACACGGGCCCGAGAGUACCAGCUCAAUGACUCUGCAGCCUACUACCUUAAUGAUCUGGAGAGGAUAGCAAAGCCUGACUACAUCCCCACACAGCAGGAUGUGCUGCGAACUCGUGUCAAGACCACCGGCAUUGUGGAGACACAUUUCACCUUCAAGGACCUGCACUUCAAGAUGUUUGAUGUUGGAGGCCAGCGGUCAGAGAGGAAGAAGUGGAUCCACUGCUUCGAAGGAGUCACAGCCAUCAUUUUCUGUGUAGCCAUGAGCGCCUACGACCUGGUCCUGGCUGAGGAUGAGGAGAUGAACCGGAUGCAUGAGAGCAUGAAGCUGUUUGACUCCAUCUGCAACAACAAGUGGUUCACGGAGACGUCCAUCAUCCUGUUCCUCAACAAGAAGGACCUGUUUGAGGAGAAGAUCGCCCACAGCCCUCUGACCAUCUGUUUCCCUGAGUACAAUGGCCCCAACAAGUACGAGGAGGCUCAGGCUUACAUCCAGACCAAAUUCGAGGACCUGAACAAGAAGAAGGACACCAAGGAAAUCUACACCCACUUCACCUGCGCCACUGACACCAAGAACGUGCAGUUUGUGUUCGAUGCCGUCACCGACGUCAUCAUCAAGAACAACCUGAAGGACUGUGGCCUCUUCUAAAAACGAGUCUGAGAAAGAGUCAAGAUUACUUGAACAGUUCUGAGGAGCAUCAAGAUGGGGGAAUAUUCACACAUCAUAAGUGACUGCACUGGCCAACCACAAUUUCUGCUUUGAUCUGCUUUUUAUAAAGACACCUAAGAGACUGAAAACCUGACAAGCCUUGCAGAUUUUCAACGAUUGCUGAUCCAGUUGCUCAUAUCGUUAACUCUUUGGGCUAUGACCACAAAAAUCAACAUUUAUUAUUGUAUUUUUGUUCAUUUUUUUUUUCUUCUUUAUUUUCAAUUACUAGAGGAGGGAAAGGAAACGUUUUUUUUUUGUUUUUUUUAUAUAUAUAUAAACGCAUUCAUUUUACUUUUAGAGAUUCUGAUGUGCAAAUUAUUAAACUUUUAAUCACAUGAAGCUUAUUUUUUAAGAGAUGAAGCACGGGCAUGGACAUAAAAUAUGAUUGAUAAAAGGAAAGUGCUUUUUUUUAUAUAAUGUUUACAUCAGUUCAUCAUUCAUAGCCAAACCGUAUAUUGUUCUGCAUGACUCAACAUUGCAAAUAUUAGCUCUGUAAUCUGCACAAAUUAUCUAACAUUCCUAUAAAAUAAAAGUGAAAAAAAAAAAAGUUUAAAAGUUAAAAAAGAAAAAAUGGCUUCACCUGCAGGGGGAAAUUUUGGCGAAAUUCUAACUGGUAUUUAAAGUAUGUGUGUACCUAACAUUCUAUCACUUUUUAUAGUAUCAUUUCCAUGUCUGUUGCAGUAUGUUUGUGCCUUGACUUCUGUUUACAACCAAUUCCUAGAUAUGCUUUUAGUACUGUUUGACCUACUGUGCGCCGAAAUUUUUUCUUCCGUUUUUUCUGCCUAGCACCUAUGAAUAUAUAGUGAUUAUUAAUGAGAGACGAAAAUCUAAUUCAGAAAAAGGUUAGUGUUUUUGGUAAAUAUUAAAAUGCUUUAAAAGUCCUAUAUGAUUUAAUUUAAAUAAAAGUAGACAUCACCUGA